AUGAUAAAAGACGCAGCAUCUAUAACAAAUGGGUUAAACGAUUUUUUUGUCCAUAUUGGUUUUAGCCUCUCGGAAAAAAACCCAUCGAGUAGUGAGUAUUUUGUUGCAUAUUUGAAAAGAUAUAACAGUAGGAUGGAAGAAUAUAAUUUAACAAUGGCCGAAUUGAAUACUGCUUUUAACACCUUGCAAAGCAACAAAAGUGCUGGUAUUGAUGAAAUAAGUGUCAACGUCGUAAAAAAUGUGUUUGAUCUGAUUAAGCUUCCCCUUUUUUAUGUAUUUAAUCUAUCUUUAACAGAGGGAAUUAUACCCGAAAAGUUAAAAAUUGCUCGAAUAACACCAAUAUUUAAUUCAGGAGAUCGCACCAAUCUUACUAAUUAUAGAGCUAUCUCAGUACUACCUUGUUUUUCUAAAAUUUUAGAACGCAUUAUGUACAAUAGAAUUGAUUAA